ACGAAGUCGGAGAGGUCCUUCUAUCUCGAAUGAUACUAAUGGAAAACACUGAUUCAUUCGAAUACGUCGUGCAUCACUCGAAGACGGCGACUUUGGAAAGGAAAGCUGAUGCGAUUAUGUGGAUUCUAACGAAAUACAGAGACGGAUCCGGCAGGCCUACAUUAUAUGUAAUGGAUGAUUCUGUUCGCUCCUUCUACUUAGCGUAUAUUGCAAAUUUGGGUAAGUUUUUUAUAUUCAUAAUUUCAAGAUAUGCUAAUAUACCACACAUUAUGAAUCUUCUCUUUACAGAAUUCCCAUUUGUGGGCAUAAUUGACGUGUACAUAAUGCAUCUAUUCGAGUCGGGCUUGAUAGAUAUGUACUACACCUGGACGAGCCGCGCUCUGGGGCUGCAGGUGUCGCUGCCCAACCUCUACUCGGAGCCGCGGCCCGCGUCCAAGAUAGCCAUGAAGGAGCAGGUCAUCGCCUUCACUGUGCUCUUGGUGGGAUACGCCGCCUCUGUUAUCGCGUUCGUUAUCGAAAUUUGGUUUGAUAGACGGCAGAAAUUUCCUUUCAUACAUUAAACUUACUCG